GAUAGUUAAAACUGUUAAAAUCUGAAUCUGCAAAUGCCCAGAGCACACUCUUCUAAUGCUUUAGAGGUAGUCCUGCCAAGGUUGAAGUGAUUGAACCCUCCAGAAGUCUGAUUUUUCCUUUCACAAAAAAUAAAUGUCUCAUGUUUCCCCAUCAGUCAAACGCAAUUGUGAGCCUCUUUGCCACUUCCCCUUUUCCUCUUGUCUCAAUGUUUGUAACUUUCCUCUUGUUUGUUUGUAACUAACAGUGUAGCCAGUUUGCUGCUGGAUUUCAGCUCAGAGCAGGAAAGUAGCUCAGCAUCCCAACUACCCACCUUCAGGGAGCCAAACAGAGUGCAGAGGCGGAGUUAAGGCUUGGCUCAGGGGAGAACCAACUGAGGUGGCGGAGGGCGCCCAGGGGAUGACGGUUCAGCUUUAAGAACUUUCUUUUUAGUCCUGAUGAGCAUAAAGAAUUGCGUACCUGCAGGGCAUACAUUUGAUCGCUAGGUGCUGGCACCAACUGCCAAGGCCGCUGCUCCAGGGCCCUCUCCUCUGGGGAGAGCCCAUGCGCCCCGGCAGAGAUUCCACUUCUGGGCAGUCCGCAGCUGCGGGUUUUGAGCGGUGUAUUGCAAAGAACCUGCACACACUGACUUAUUAAAAAUGCAGCAUAGCCCUGUCUGCUGCUUGUCAUCCAAUCAAAACAAAAUUAGUGCGUAGAGGAUAUUGGAACGUGUUCAAAGUUGUCUUCUCAAGUCCGCCUUCCACCAGCCUCUCUGGCUCUAAAAAGCCCAUAAUUUAUUGGGCCAUCAUCCUCAUUUCAUUGAUUCCUCCAUUUCCUUGCCAAGGGAGGAGGUGGCAACAACAACAACAAAAAUUCUUACCAAAAAAUGACUAUUCUUUAAAGAGUAUUUCGCUUUUUUCACCACCCGCUCCUCUCUGACCCCCUCUAGUGGGACAGGUAUUAACAUGUUUACGGAGUCCCAUUUUACAGAGUUCUAGUUAGGAAACGCAGUUCAUCCGAGAGGAGAGGAAAUCCACUCAGGUGGACCGGUCCACACUGGCCACCUCCCCUGAGGAGGGUGGGCGAACCUGCCGGAAUGGGUGGGGGUAGGAGGGUUGCCUUGAGAUGGAGACUUAAAGAUCCGGGGGCUCAGGCGGGGAGCGCAGCGGCAACCGGGGUCUGAGGCUGCAGGAAACCAGCAGUUUAAGAAUUUGCUAACCCUUUGGGACUUCCCUAGAGGUCCCAUGGUUAAGACUCCGCGCUUCAACUGCAGGGGGCGCAGGGUGCAUCCUUGGUUAGGGAACUAAGAUCCCGCAUGCCCCGCCGCCGGCCAAAAAAAAAAGAGAGAAAAGAAUUUGCUGUCUCGUAGCACCUGCUGCUGUGUGUGAAAAAGUGCAAAGAGAGUGUGCCAGAGAAGCACCUGGAAAAGCGCUGGCGCGAGAUGAAGGGACGGCGAAGGCGGAGGGCUUGGUGUGGACUGCUGGCAUGGCGGCGAUGAGACCGCGAGGUGGGCGAUCGUGAAGCCAGGUGACCGUGACGAGUGAGAGGGUCUGGUGCUGCACCUGUCACUGUGCUAGACCUGGUGGAGGAUGCUGCGGCAGGUGCUUCGCAGAGGGCUCCAGUCGUUCUGCCACAGGCUGGGCUCGUGCGUGAGCCGGCACCCGGUCUUUUUCCUCACCGUGCCCGCAGUCCUGACCAUCACCUUCGGCCUCGGCGCGCUCAACCGCUUCCAGCCCGAGGGCGACCUGGAGCGCCUGGUCGCUCCCAGCCACAGCCUGGCCAAGAUCGAGCGCAGCCUGGCCAGCAGCCUUUUCCCCCUGGACCAGUCCAAAAGCCAGCUCUAUUCGGACUUACACACCCCCGGGAGGUAUGGCAGGGUGAUCCUCCUCUCCCCACCCGGGGACAAUAUUUUGCUCCAGGCUGAGGGGAUCCUGCAGACCCACCGAGCCGUGCGCUUCUGCCAGUUAAAGAAGCAGCACUUCAUUUCUUGCCCUAAACAAGCAGAGAAAAUGCAGAGGUUUCAUCUUUAAGACACAGAAGACAAUUGCUUCUUUCAUUGGAGGAGAAGGUGUGGAUAAAUUUGGAAGGAAAAACUAAAGUAAAACAAUAUCAAAGGCACAAUUAUAUACUUAUUAGAGGUUGGUUAGUUACUGGAAGGUGGAUCGUGAGCCUUCAGCGUUGCCAGGGACUUUAUUUCCCUUGCCAAGAGAAAUAAACACGUAGCUACCAGCAGCCUGGCUAGAAUUUGGUACUGAGUGUCCGUACUGAUGUAUGCCUGUGUGACGGUCAAUAAUAAGCUUUGACUAUAAUUGGGAUUCCAUGAAUUUAUGUGUGACCGUAGUAGGAAUCCCACCAAUCACGUAUAUUUGUGUUUGCAUGCAAAACUAGCUGCUCCCUAGGUCUAAAUGGAAAUAAUCAUAUGCUACAUGCUAGGGUUGGUAAACGUGACCAUAAGCAAAUAUUUUAGGCUUUGCAGACCACACACUAUCUUUGUCAUAUAGUCUUGUUUGUUUUUUCCUUCUCUUUUCCUUUUUCUCUUUAUUGUUUUUAACAAUACUUUAAAAGUGAAAAAAAAAAAAAAAAUCAACUCGCAGGCCAAACAAAAUCAUGCCAGGGGUCAGAUCUGGACCCCAGACCAUAGUUUGCUAAUCUCUGAAAUAGAAGUUUGUAUAUAAUCAGAGGGGUUUAUCUUCCCUUUUUAACUAUUCUAUGACUUUAGUGUGAAAAUGUGUUUCCUCUUCAUUUUCUAAUCCCUUUUACUGUGCCCUCUAAGACUCAGCUUGCCUGGACACCUGACCAUUUGUUUUGUUUGUUUGUUUGUUUGUUUUGCGGUACUCCGGCCUCUCACUGUUGUGGCCCCUCCCGUUGCGGAGCACAGGCUCCGUACGCCCAGGCUCAGCGGCCAUGGCUCACGGGCCCAGCCGCUCCGCGGCACGCGGGAUCCUCCCGGACUGGGGCACGAACCCGUGUCCCCUACAUCGGCAGGUGGACCAUCAACCACUGCGCCACCAGGGAAGCCCAAGAGUUCACUUUUAUAGUUGUAAUUCCAAUGUUAUAUAGAAGUUCAUUGAACAACUUUAGCAAAAGACAUCAGAGACUCAAACUAGGAUUAUGUCAGUAGAAAUGAGAAAAAGUAAAGUCAACAGAGAGAUACUGUGAAUGUGGAAUAAUCAGGUUUGGCAACUGGUUGGAUGUAGGGAGCAAAAAGAAAUAAUUAAAAUGAUCCCAAUUUAGAACUGGCUGACUAGAAGAAUUAUAAAUAAAUACGAAAAGCUCGUGUUUUUACAGAAGGGAUGAAUUCAGCUUUGGACAUGUAGUCAUUCAUCAGGAAAUCCAUGUCAAAAUAAUCAGCUGGAUGUAUACUAGUGUUGAAAUGAUUACCAGUUGUGAUUUUGAUUAUAGGUUAGCUCUGCCUACAACGUUAAUCAGAGAUGUUUUUUAUGACUUGGAGAUGACGUACAUAAAAGUAUACGUUUCAGAAUUCUGUGCAAUGUGAGGAAAAUAUCCUCACAGACAAGCAGUCAGGUUUCAGGAGACUGAAAAAAUAAAUCAAAGGUCCAUCACUUCUGAGCAUUCUUUAAACUGAGAAGUUUACUUUCUUUUUUUAAUUUUGUUUUAUCAGUUUGUAGACUUCAGUAACCCAGAUUUUUUUUUUUCAUUUUUAUUGGAGUCUAGUUGAUUUACAAUGUUAUGUUAAUUUCAGGUAUACAGCAAAGUGAAUCUGUUAUACGUAUACAUAUAUCCACUCUUUCUUAGAUUCCUUUCCCAUGUAGGCCAUUACAGAGUAUUUUCUUUUUUUUUAUUUUAACAUCUUUAUUGGAGUAUAACUGCUUUACAAUGGUAUGUUAGUUUCAGCUUCACAACAAAAUGAAUCAGUUAUAUAUACACAUAUGUUCCCAUAUCUCUUCCCGCUUGCGUCUCCCUCCCUGCCACCCUCCCUAUCCCACCCCUCCAGGCGGUCACAAAGCACCGAGCUGAUCUCCCUGUGCUAUGCAGCUGCUUCCCACUAGCUAUCUACCUUACGUUUGGUAGUGUAU